CCUACUCAUUGUACUGAGAUGCAAAUACUGCUUCCUAAACUGGAGAUCCUAACCUUGGCUAGCUCCUUCUGUUCUCUUCAAGGGGAAUUGUUGUCAGGCUAUGGAUUCAUUUACAACUGUUAGUCAUGUGAGCAUGUGUGAGGAAACAGAUGCCAGUUUUAAUGUAUUUAGCCCGAAGUUACAAUUUGGUAGGAGCUAGUGUCAGUUUCUGAGGUACCACAAAAAUAUGGAACUUGACUUCGGACACUUUGACGAAAGAGAUAAGACAUCCAGGAACAUGCGAGGCACACGAAUGAAUGGCCUGCCUAGCCCGACCCACAGUGCCCACUGUAGCUUCUAUCGAACCAGAACCUUGCAGGCCCUAAGUAAUGAGAAAAAAGCAAAGAAGGUACGUUUCUAUCGCAAUGGAGACCGCUACUUCAAAGGCAUUGUGUAUGCUGUGUCUUCUGACCGUUUCCGCAGCUUCGAUGCUUUGCUGGCAGACCUGACUCGCUCUUUGUCCGACAAUAUCAACCUGCCUCAAGGGGUGCGCUAUAUUUACACCAUUGACGGAUCCAGGAAAAUCGGCAGCAUGGAUGAACUAGAAGAAGGGGAAAGCUAUGUCUGUUCCUCCGACAACUUCUUUAAAAAGGUGGAGUACACCAAGAAUGUCAAUCCCAACUGGUCUGUUAACGUAAAGACAUCAGCUAAUAUGAAAGCUCCCCAAUCCCUGGCCAGCAGCAAUAGUGCUCAGGCUAGAGAGAACAAGGACUUUGUGCGCCCUAAACUAGUGACCAUCAUCCGCAGUGGGGUGAAACCCCGAAAAGCUGUGCGUGUGCUGCUGAACAAGAAGACUGCACAUUCUUUCGAACAAGUUCUCACCGAUAUUACUGAAGCCAUUAAACUGGAGACUGGAGUCGUCAAGAAACUCUACACUCUGGAUGGUAAACAGGUAACCUGUCUUCAUGAUUUCUUUGGUGAUGAUGACGUAUUUAUUGCCUGUGGUCCUGAAAAAUUUCGCUAUGCCCAGGAUGAUUUCUCACUGGAUGAAAAUGAAUGCCGGGUCAUGAAGGGAAAUCCAUCAGCCACCGGUGGCCCAAAGGCAUCUCCAACUCCUCAGAAGGGUUUGGGCAAGAGCCCUGCCCCUAUGCGCAGAAGCAAAUCUCCAGCUGACUCAGCAAAUGGAACCUCCAGCAGCCAGCUGUCUACUCCCAAGUCUAAGCAGUCUCCCAUCUCCACUCCCACCAGCCCUGGCAGUCUCCGGAAGCACAAGGACCUGUACCUUCCCCUCUCGUUGGAUGAUUCGGAUUCACUCGGUGAUUCCAUGUGA